UGAAUCGCACAUAAAGGCGAGCCAACCCAACGGACGCAGCCAGUUCUGCUCGAGACAUUCAGCGCUACGCGAACAUGAGGAUAGUCGAUCCGUCACAAGUCGUUCGUCCCGAGGAGUGUCACAACACCAAGGACAAGGCCGCCUUCAGAAACUAUGAUGUCGGAACGGAGAGUCUCGUAAGAAAGACGUACAACGAGAUGCACAAACGUCAGACCUAUGACUUUGUUACAAAACAGAAGGAGAAGUGGACGAAGCUCAACAAGAUGGACAUGACGAUUUUCGAGGCUCUGGAAAUGCUCAACAGUCUUGUCGACGAGAGCGAUCCUGACCUUGACUUGCCUAACAUCAUUCAUGCCUAUCAGACCGCGGAAGGUAUCCGAAAAGUGCACCCGGACAAAGAUUGGUUUCAUUUGGUUGGCUUGAUUCACGACAUGGGCAAAGUAUUGGCUCUGUGGGAUGAGCCGCAGUGGGCUGUUGUUGGUGACACCUUUCCCGUGGGAUGCGCUUUCAGUAGCGAGUGCGUUUUCUCUGAAGCGUUCCAAGACAAUCCGGACAGCAGAGAUCCACGAUACAACACAAAGUACGGAGUGUACCAGCCAUAUUGUGGACUGAAGGAUGUGCACAUGUCAUGGGGACAUGAUGAGUAUCUUUACCAAGUUGUUGUUGGAAAUAAUACAACGCUUCCUGAAGAGGCCCUCUACAUGAUCCGAUUUCACUCUUUCUAUCCCUGGCAUUCCGCUGGAGCAUACGAGCAUCUGCUCGACGAGGAUGACAGAAACAUGCUCCAAUGGGUUAAAGAAUUCAACAAAUUUGAUUUGUACACCAAGUGUCCUGACAUGCCAGACAUGGAUGAACUCAAGUUAUAUUACCAGUCGCUAGUUAACAAAUACUUGCCAGGAAAACUGAGAUGGUGACUCGUACUGCUUGCAGGAUCAAGAGUAACUCACUAUAUUUUUAGCAGUAUUUCAUCUAAUGACAACGCUAGAACAGGUGGAUGUAAGGAAUAAGAACUGUACUUUUGUAAAGAGA